AUGAAAGUUUUGUUCGUGCAACAUUUCGUAACCCCUCUCCUAUGUUUCGUCUUUCUUACCUCCACAGCCAAAUUCAUAUACUCAGCCACAACCAUCAAGACAAAAUUAAUCCAUCGUGAUUCUAUUCCCUAUCAGUCAAGAAUUAGAAAAUACUUCCCCAAGGACGACGUUCGAGCUAAUCUGAUUCCUAAUGAUAGAGAUUCUCUUCUUUUUGCAAACUUAUCGAUUGGAGAGCCACCCACACCACAACUUCUAGUAUUGGAUACAGGUAGUAUCCUAACAUGGGCCCAUUGCAUACCCUGCAUUGGAUGUGAUUCUGUGACUAGCCCCAUAUUUGAUCCCGCGGAAUCAUCAACUUACGAUGUUCUUUCAUGUUAUAGUGAUUAUUGUGAUGCAAGGAUUCACGGGAGUUGCGACUCUUUAAAGCAAUGUAACUAUUACAUGGGAUAUGCCGAUAACUCGGAAAGUAUGGGUGAGCUUGCAACCGAGAAGUUCACAUUUGUGACAUCUACUGAUGGUUUAGUAGAAGUCCCAAAUGUUGUUUUUGGUUGUGGACGUGAAUUCAGUGGCAAGAACGAAGUAGGUGGGAUUCUUGGACUCGGUUCUGCAAAUGUAUCGUUGGUCUCAAAAUUGUCUUUCAAAUUUUCUUACUGCAUAGGGGAUAUAGGAGAUCCUAACUAUAGAUUCCACCACUUAAUCUUAGGCGAGGAGGCAAAAAUGGAAGGUGACGCAACGCCACUGGAAAUAUACCAGGACCGUUAUUAUGUAACCCUAGAAACCAUACGGAUCAGGGAAAAACUACUCGAGAUAGACCCAGAAAUAUUUAAGUUAAAAGGCCCUAGAGGUGCAGUAGCUAUUGACUCGGGAUCUACUGCUAUGAUUCUCCCGAGAAGUGUGUUUGAAGCACUCAAAGCAGAAGUGCAAAGGUUAAUAGGAGAACUACUGCCAGAAAUUAGUAGCUCACAAGACUUGUGCUAUUGGGGAAGAUUAUACCAGGACCUUCAAGGGUUUCCGAUGGUCACCUUAGCCUUAGCUAAUGGAGUGGAAUUAGAGCUAGACAUAGGAAGCAUGUUUAUAAAGUAUAAAGAUAUAAUAUUUUGCAUGGCAGUUCGAAUAUCUGAGGAAACCGGUCAAGGGACUAGGAGUAUUAUCAGGUUGAGGGCUCAACAACAUUACAAUGUUGGCUUUGACAUUUUAGAAAAGAAGGCCUAUUUCCAGAGAACUGACUGUGAGCUAAUAGAAUAUUAA